AUGGUCGCGACCAGGCUGUUCGAAGCCACGGGGCCGCCAGCUCGGCAGAGGGUCCAGGGCACAUGCCUGGGCCUGGGGGACCGGCCGACCCCUGGGGAUCUGCGAACGAAACCUGCCCCAGCUGGCUCAGCGCCCCAACCCGGGACCCCUCAGAGGCUCGUUCCGGGCCGCCCAGGCCAGACCAGCCUCCUGAGGCCAGCAACCCACGAAGCGCUGUCGGCACAUCCGCCGUCAGCCCCGAGGCCUGAGCAGGCGCUGACUAAGGGGCUGGCGGAGGAAGCGGCCCCCACGGGCCGAGGCGCGCUGCGGGGCCGAACGAGGGCGCGCUGCGGGGCCGAACGAGGGCGCGCUGCGGGGCCGAACGAGGGCGCGCUGCGGGGCCUCUCCCCUUGCGGCGGGGGCUGCCCGCCCUCCUGCCCGGCACCGGCCCGGGGCCCCGCGCCGCGGAGGUGUGCGCACCGGGCUCGCUGGCGGCCCCUCGAGUGCACGGGGCUCCGGCCAGCCGCCCGCGUGCAGGCCCGAGGCCCGAGCCCCCGCCUCUGGCUGCCAGCCCGCGCUCCGCAUUCACCGCGCUCGGCCCGGGCCCGCCUCUCGGCCGUUUUCGCUUUCGCUUUCCUGCCGCCCUCGUUGAGGAAAAUGAAAGUGACCGUGGCCGUGGCCCGGGCCCGCGCAGCAGCCGUCGAAGAGAGGGGCGAGGAGAGCGGCGGCGGUCGGCGUGGAGCCUGCGAGCUGGGGCCGCCGCCCGCACCAGAGGAGGUGGCAGCACGCCCUGGACUUCUCUACCCGGCAAAGCAGUCCCCAGGCUGGACCGCAGAGAAACAAGAAAAUGGACUCCCGGCUGCAGUCGGCAACGUGCCAGAAUUUACAGCCUGUUGGAGGGAGACAGCAUCAAGGUACCUGCGGUCUAGUGUGGUCCAGAAGCAGAUGGUCCUCCUGAUAUAUCGUCAGAAGCUGUGACAACCCAAAAUUGCCAAAUGUUCUCCCAGGGGGGAAAUCGCUCUUUGCUAAGAACCACUGCUCUACCUUGUAUCAAGAUCUUGCUGACCUAAUUAUUGAAGUUUGGUAUCUCAUGGGGCAAGAUCUCCCGCUUUGAUCUCCUUCUUUCAGAUUGUGUUGAUUAUUCUUGGACCCUCAUUCUUCCAUGUACAUUUUAGAAUCAGCUUUAUAAGUAGCAUGAAAAAAAUUGUCGGGAUUUUGAUAGGAUUUGUAUUGAAUUUAUAGAUCAGGUUCCAAAUGAUGGUAUUGACUUUUUGUAUCCAUGGUCAUGGUGGGUCUCUGUGUUUGUUAAGGUCCUUUUAAAAUUAUUUCAAUAAAGUUUUAAAUCAACUUUCAAUAAAGUUUUUCACAUUUUGUUAGAUUUACUCUUUGGCACCUUAUAUUUUUCUAAGUGUUAUAAAUGAUAUCUUCUUUAAGAGUAUAUUUCUAUUUGUUAGUGAUGUGUAACAAUGUAAUUGAUUCUGUAUAUUGAUCAAUCAGUUUGAUAAACUCUUACUACUUAUAAUCAUUUACUACCCCUACAUUCUUUUGGGUUUUAUUUUGUCAUUUUGCAUCAUCUGCAUAUAUAUAUAUAUAUAUGUAGAUAUUUGUGUCUGUACGUGAAUUUUGUUUCUUCUGUACAUGAAUUUUGUUUCUCCCAUUACAAUCCUCAUAUUUAUUAGUACUAUUUAUAAUCUUGCUGCAAAGGCCAGUACUUGCAGUCACAGUUUUUAAACAAAAUGGAGUUAACAUUAUCCAGGACCACCAGUAGCCCAUAUAAAGCUUCUGUGCAAAUUGGAAAAAGCCUUCUUCCUCAAUACCCUUUACUUCCAUCUGGUAGGAAAUGAUCAUGAUACAUAUUCAAAUCCACAAUGUCUAUGAUGUAAGAUGUUCUCCCUGGGGUUGUGCAGUGCACAUGGAGUGGUCCUGCACAUUCUUGCAUUGGUUCCUGCUUUUAUUGAUUGAUUGAUUGAUUGAUUGAUUGGGUGGGGAGGGGCAGAGGGAGAGGACGAGAGAGAAUCUCAAGUAGGCUCCACAGCAGGGCUUGAUCCCACAACCUCAAGAGUUGCCACUUAGCCGACUGAGCCACCCAGGCACCCCUGCAUUGUUCCUGCUUUUAAAGGGAUAUUUUUAAUGUAUCACCAUGGAGCACAGUAUUUGCUGUAAACUUACCAGAUUAAAGAAAUUCCCUCUUAUUUUAACUUUGCUAAAAGUAGUUAUAAUAAAUGGAUAUUAAAUUUCAGUAAUGUUUUUUGUGCAUUGAUAUGUGAUUUAUCUCUUUAAUUGUUUAAUGCGGUAAAUUAUGUUAAUAGGUUUUCUAAUUUUGAAUCUUGACUUCCUAGAUUAAGUUCAAUUUAGUUAUGUAAUAUCUUUUUAUACAUUCUGGAUUUGGAUCAAUAAAGUUUUCUUUACAAUUUUUAUGUGCAUGUUCAUGAGUGGCUAUAGCAUCAUAAUUUUCUUUUGUUGUGAUGUCCCCCUCUGAUUUUACUAAUAUAUAUUAGCUUUUCAAAAUGAGCUGGAAGAUAUUAUGUUUUGUUUAUUUUCUGUAUGAGUUUAUAUAUGUUUCGAAUUAUAUG